UGGCCGGCGCGCCGUCAUCCAUCCUCCCUCCCCAAGCACCCCGCCUCCCUUGGCUGCGGCGCGCGGGCUCUAUGACCCCGAGGUUCUGAGCGCCGAUGACACGGAUUCCGAGGCUCAGUUACGGAAGCAGGAGGAGGAGGAGGAGAAGGCACUGCCGCCGCAGCCGCUGUCGCCGUCGCCACCGGGCAAAAGGAGAGCGCUGCGCGCGCAGCCCCAACUCUGCCUCCCAGCUCUGGCCGAGAGAGUUCAGCGGUGGCCGCGGCGGUAGCAGCAGAAGAGAAGGAGGCGACGGCGGUGGCGAGUGUAGUUGCUGCUCCUGCUGCGGCUGCUGGACAGUCGCCCCGGCGUGCUCCCGCUAGCGCCCCUCGCCGGCCGCGCCCCUCGCCGGCCGCGCCGCGCUCCGCCGCUCUCGCUCUUGUCCGCUCUCCACCCGUGCCCCGGACUAAGGUGGUGGGGAACCGGCCGGCGGGCAGCAGGCCUCGGCUCCGGAGCAACGCUCGCCCUGCCUUGGCUCCGUCGGAGGGGCCCCGCCGAGCCCCGCGGAUGGAGAAGCGGGGGAAGAGGGUGGACUGCCCGGCGUUGCCCCCCGGGUGGAAGAAAGAGGAGGUUAUCCGGAAAUCGGGGCUCAGCGCAGGGAAGAGCGAUGUCUACUAUUUCAGUCCAAGCGGGAAAAAGUUCCGAAGCAAGCCCCAGUUGGCAAGAUACUUGGGGAACACUGUUGACCUCAGCAGCUUUGACUUCAGGACAGGGAAGAUGAUGCCCAGUAAAUUACAGAAGAACAAGCAGAGGUUAAGGAACGAUUCGCUCAGUCAAAAUAAGGGUAAACCUGAUUUAAAUACCACACUGCCAAUCAGACAAACAGCAUCUAUUUUUAAACAGCCUGUAACCAAAGUUACCAACCAUCCAAGCAACAAAGUGAAGUCCGAUCCACAGCGAGUGAUUGAACAGCCCAGACAGCUUUUCUGGGAGAAAAGGCUGCAAGGCUUAAGUGCCUCAGAUGUGAGCGAGCAGAUCAUAAAAUCCAUGGAAUUGCCUAAAGGCCUUCAAGGAGUUGGCCCAGGAAAUAAUGACAACACCCUCUUGUCUGCCGUCGCCAGUGCGUUGCACACGAGUUCUGCCCCCAUCACGGGGCAACUCUCUGCUGCGGUAGAGAAGAACCCAGCUGUGUGGCUUAACACAUCCCAACCUCUCUGCAAAGCUUUCAUUGUUACAGACGAGGAUAUUAGGAGACAAGAGGAGCGAGUGCAGCAGGUACGCAAAAAACUGGAGGAAGCGCUAAUGGCAGACAUCUUGUCACGAGCCGCGGAUUCAGCUGACCAGGAUGAGGUUGAGAUGGACAAUGGCGAGGACGCAUAAGAGGCAACAAAUCAGGUACUUAAAACAGAAUUAUCCCCAGAGGAAAUUUCUGGAAGCUGGAGGCGCUUUUUUUCAUUUUGUUUUUCCGUUGGUCUUUUAUGAUAAGAAGAAAAGGACCUCUGCACAUUUAUAUAGCUUUCUAAUAGCAUUAAAAACCAAUGCCUUUUUCGGGGGCUCUUAUUUUUUUGAUGUAUACAUCUUGUUUGAAAAAAAGAAAAAGAAAAAAGAAAACAGAGACAAAGAAAGAGGGGGGAAACCCGUUGCUUUAUUUUGUGUCUUAUGACUUCAAAAGUCUUGUUUUUAUUUUUAUUUUGUCAAACAAUUCCCUAAACCUGAAGCUGAGCUUUUGAUGCCGGGCUGCAAUCUGAAGCUGUAUGACUAGCACUAACUAUUUGGAGUUUCCCCCUUUGCCUUCUCUCUUUUCCUUUUGUGUGUAUGUUUGUGUGCUUGUAACGAUGGAUCAGGCAAACAGAAUGUCCCUCACCCCAAUUAAAAAGAUAUAUAUAUAUAUAUAAUGUGACAUGUGUUGUACAUAUAUUAUAUAGUAGAUUUUUUUUAUAUACUGGAGUGGAAACAUCUGUAAAUUUACCCAUCCUCAUUCUCUAAAGAGAAAUAAAUAAUUAUAUUUGGAGCAACUAAAUUUGUAGACUGUGAUGUGCUGUAAUUAAGACAAAUUGAUAAUUGCCACUCGUGCCCAGAUCACAAUACUCGGUGGUUUUCAUGCUAGUCCUAACUCAGGGUACAAUCAUUGACCGACAUGACUAAUUUAGGUUCAUUAGCUUCAGUGGAUCUACUCUGAGUAGAACUUAGUUGAAUGCAACCCAUAAAGUAGUCGUAGGCAAAGUCCAGUGAGUGGAGUUGUGUCCAAGAUACUUGGGUUCAAGUCACUGACUCCGAUUUGCACUUGUCAAGGGCACAAGUGGGGAUGGGCUUCCCCAUCAGAGGCAAUUAUUAAGUUCAAUGGGAAUUGGAUGAGCACUGUGAUGCAAAUAUGAAAGCACAUCAGCUGAGUGUGCGGAUCAGCCUCGGUUCUCCAUUUGUAAAAUGGGAAUGUGUGACCUACCUCACAGGGGUGUUGUGAGGAUAAUAAAGAUUAUAAAGCACUUUUCAAAUUAAA